UUUGUUUUAGCCUGUUCAAGGGUAUAGACGAACAGCAUCAGACAGACAGGAAUAAGCAUGUACCGAUUCGCCAAAGCUGCUUUGAAUCUCACUGGUCAAGGUGCACGUCAGGUUGCCGUCCGACACGGGUCCUCAGAUAUCUCCCCCGAUUUUCAUGCAAAAUACGGCACAAUGUUGAUGGUCGCUGGCGGAGCUUUCUGUGCAGCUGUCUGGGGCUAUGUAAUCACAUCAACCGGAAUUUCAUGGAAUCUGUCUCCCGUGGGCAAGGUACAGCCUAAAGAAUGGAAGGAGUAACGGACAUGUCGUCUCUCCUCUCUCUCUCUCUCUCUCUCUCUCCUUUUCUUUUUCCUCCAUGGGGAAAUACCAUUAAAAGCAUCCUGAGGUUUUCUGUAUCAACAGCGGAUAAAGUUUCCACCGUAAUUGCACCCUGUUGCCACUCAGGCACUGUCUGUAAAACAAUGUAAUAAAAUUACGUUUAUAACAUGAA